GCCUGGCCGAGCAUCCUCCCGCCCGUGCGGAUGAGGACGGAGGGAGGGAGCUGGGGGCCGCCAGCAUCCGGCACUGGCCGGGUGAGAGCAGCCUGGGCGCAAUAGGCUCAGCCUCCUCCCUGGGGACCGGACCCUCUCCCCGGCCACCAUGGUGGUUUUCAUGGGCAGGAACCUCUCCUCGCUCCUGGCUUUCUUCAAGAAGAAGGGCGCUGCCAAGGGCGAGGGCGAGAAGCGGCUGAGCGUGCAGUACACGGCGGGCGAGGAAUGUCCCGACAACGUCUUCUUCCCCAGCACGCGGCCCCCGCACCUGGAGGAGCUGCACAGCCAGGCCCAGCAGGGGCUGAAGUCCCUGCAGCACCAGGAGAAGCAGAAACAGACCAAAAGUGCCUGGGACCACGGGGACACCAGCAGCCUCCAGUCCUGCGUGUCCUCGGAGGAUGACAGCCUGUCCUUCCGGAGCCGGGCGGCCUCCUGCGCCACGGACAGCACCUCCGAGGAUGCCCUGUCCAUCCGCUCCGAGAUGAUCCAGCGCAAAGGUUCCACCUUCCGACCACACGACUCCUUUCCCAAAUCCUCAGAGAGGGCUGGCAAGAAGAGGAAGGACAGGAGGACAACAGUGCUGGGCAUCCCCCAGCACGUCCAUAAGGAGCUGGGUCUCAGGAACAGCCAUGGAGCCAAGGGACAUCCCGAGGCGGAUGGGCCAGCGGGCCGUGGGGACGGCCAGGCAGCGCAGCCCCUGCUGAACGGGGGGCAGGUGUCGGGGGAUGCCGUGCGCAUCCCCACCAUCGACGGGAAGCUGCAGUCCCCGCCCGUGGCCGGCGGCGCCCGCGUCUGCCUGGGAGUGCUGGAGGAGGCGGACGCAGCCCUGCAGAAGCACAUCAACAGGGUUUACUACGACGACAGCUUGCUGGGGAGGAAGACAGCGGCCAAGCUGUCACCCAUGGUGAGGCCGAAGUCGCUGGCCGUGCCGGGCAUGACCACCUACGCCAACCCCCCGGAGAUGCUGGUCGGCCCCGUCAUGUCCAUCUCGCCCCAGGGCACCUACAUGUCCAAGAUCAUCCCCAACGCCAUCCUGCCGCCUAUGGUGGACGUGGUGGCCCUGACGAGGAGCAGCGUGCGGACGCUGAGCCGCUGCAGCCUCGUGUCGUCCAGCCCGGCCUCGGUGCGCUCCCUGUCCCGCUUCUCGGAGCGCAGCGCCCGCAGCCGCGAGCCCUCCUCCUCCAGCGACAACUGGAGCCACUCGCAGUCCACGGAGACCAUCGUGUCCAACAGCUCCACCAUCUCCUCCCAGGGCGGCUGCGACCACCGGCAGCCCGAGGCGGGGCCGCACGGCGAGGCGGACGCGGCGGCUCGCUCCGACACCGACCAAAUCAGCAUCUACAGCUCCGCCAGCUCCUGCUCCAAGCCCGCUGCCGGCCUCGCUCCCGCGGCCCCCGGGCUCCUGGCCGUGGGCAGCGGCCGCGCGUCCCCCGCCUACAGCACGGGCAGCCAGGCGGAGGGCUCGGACACGGCCAGCCUGGCCAGCGAGCGCUCCUCCGCCCGCAGCGUCUCCCUCAGGAAGAUGAAGAAGCCCCCGGCCCCUCCCCGCAGGACCUACUCGCUGCACCAGAAGGCUGACGGGGAGCCCAAGGUGCUGGGGCUGCCCCCCAGGCCCGACCGGCGGCCCCAGCGGGAGAGCAGCGCGCCCUGGUCCCCGCACCCCGCGCCCUUCAGCCCCGCGGGCGAGGAUGAGGUGUUCUCCCCAUCGCUGAGCGAGACCAGCAGCCUCCGCUCGGAAAGCCUGGCCAGCGCCAGCUCCCCCGAGGCCUCGCGGGGCCGUCCCGGGGUGACGGUGGUGCUGAGGGAGCCCCAAGCUCAGGCCAAGUGGAGCUGCCCCGAUGGGUCUGACCGCACCAUGUCCCCGUCCAGCGGCUACUCCAGCCAGAGCGGGACGCCCACGCUGCCCACCAAGGGGUUGGGACCCCCAGCUGUAUCCCCGGGCAAGUCUCAGCCCCAGAAGCCCGACCGGGUGUGCUCCCUGCAGUCGCCUGCGCUCUCUGUGUCCUCCUCCCUCACCUCCAUCUCCUCCUCGGCCUCGGACCCCACUCCCCCCGAGGCGCCGACCAGUCGCUCGGAGCGGUUCAUCAUCCCCCCGCACCCCAAGGUCCCCGCUCCCUUCUCCCCGCCACCCACCAAGCCCCAGCAGCCCCCGGCCCCCGCCGGCCCCCUCCAGCCCUCACAAACCCCGCCAGCGCCCAGCACUGCCGGCCAGGAGCCCUCGGCCAAGCCCAGCGGCAAGUCCCCGCCGCCCUCACCGCCGCCUGCCUACCACCCGCCACCCCCGCCGGCCAAGAAGGCGGAGGGGAACCCCCAGAGCGGCAGCGAGCCCCUCACCGACACCGCCUGGCCCCCGCCGCCGCCGCCGGCCCCCGAGGAGCACGACCUGUCCAUGGCAGACUUCCCCCCUCCGGAUGAAUCCUAUCUCUGCAGCCCGCCCGAUGCCGCCUCGGCCCCGGCGGACGGGCAGACGGCGAGCCCGGGGGCCGCCACUUCACCAUCUCAGCAGCGAGACCCGCCCGCCGCGGUUCCGCAGCCCCCGUGCCCCGCCGAGCCCCUUCCCACGGCCGCCGUGCCGCCGCCAGCGCCGCCUCUCCCGCCGCCCUCGGCCCCGGCCCUGCCGCCCCAAAUCAGCCUUAAGAAGGCGGCCAACGGCCCGCGGGCAGAGGCCAAGAAGGAGCCGGUGUCGAGGAGCAAGAGCGGCCCCGCGGCCAAGGAGGACGCCAGCCUGCCCAUCGUCACCCCCUCGCUGCUGCAGAUGGUGCGGCUGCGCUCCGUCAGCGUGGAGCCCGCGGCCGCGGCCGGGGCCGGGCCUGAGGAGCGUCCGGCCCCACAGAAGCCCGUCCGCCGCUCCCUGUCCACGCGGCAGCCGCCUCCUGCCCAAGACGCGGUGCCUUCCAACCAGCUCCACCACGCCGUGCACCUCAAGGCCGCCGCCUUGGCCUCCGGAGAGGCCGCCGAGAAGCCUCCGAGCGGCCGAGCAGCCCAGGCCGGCGCCGAGGGCCCCGCCGGGGACGGGCAGCUGUCCCCCAGGAACAAAUCGCCGGCCUCCACCGCCAGCUUCAUCUUCGCCAAGAGCUCCAGGAAGCUGGUGAUCGAGACGGCCUCGUCCCCCGAGGCGCAGGCAGACCUGAAGAGGAACUUGGUGGCCGAGCUGAUGAAUUUCUCGGGGCAGCGCUCGGCAGCCCCGGCUGCUGCGGCCCCACAGGGCCCCGGGAAGGCACAAACCCAGAGAAAACCCGGCAAGAUCCCCCCUCCGGUAGCCAAGAAGCCUUCGCUCGGCUCGGGACCGGCCCCUGCCCCGAAGGCACCGGGGGCAGAGGCGUUGGGCUCCCCGGUGCCUGACGGGGAUGCCAAGGUGGAGGAGAGCAGGACUAAGAGUGAGCUGGCGGGAACGGAGAGCAGGAACACCGCGGAGCCGCCGGCUCAGAGCCUCCCUGCACAAGACAGACGGGGAGAGACGGCCUGAAGGACAACACUGCAGGACUGGAGCCCCCAAGGACAGGAAUCCAAAUCUCUCAGGGACCUGGGCAGGUCAACGGACGAGUGUGGAACUGGCAACUAACUUAAUACAGGAAGCAAACAGCCUUAGCCUCCACGGCCUUGAUGAUAUUUAUGCAAAAAUGGUGUUGGUUUCACUUUCCUAAGUACUACAGCUUUUGCUUUUUUUUUUUUUUUAACUGGAAUCGAGGCCUGUGCAGCAGAGCCAGCACCUCCUCCCUGCUGAGCUGAUGCUUGGUCUGGGUGUGUGGAGCCACACCCAGAGGAGUUUGGGGACCAAAGACACCGGAGCUGGAGCCACCGCUGCCGGCCAGACAGGCCCGCGAGGAAUGGAAGCACUUUGGACAAGGGAAUGGGAAAGCUUUGGCCACGAGAGCUCCUGGGAGGAUGCAGACAGGACCCGGAGGGGAUGGAGGUGCUGGUUGGGAGGGAUCAGGGCUUUGGCUCUUGAUGGAAAGGCAAGAGGGGCUCGUGGCCAGCACUGGCCCCGGCCACUCGCCGCUGCCCGGCAGGAGGAAGGGCCUGGCUGCCCCUCGAGCUGGCCCUGGGCUCUGGGGUAGAGCCUUGAUUCCGUUUCUGUAAACUCGGGUCACAUUUUGAUUUCUUUGAUUGUAAAAAAAGAAAAAAAAAAAAACAAAAAACAAAACUAAACGCAAACCAAACGAAGCAACAAACCCAACCAAACCAAACCAAACCAAACCAAAAGCAACUGACCCUCUGCCGCCAAGUAGCUGCUCAGAGCUCUGUACCUGGCUGGUAAAAAUGAUGACCGAA